AUGCAGAUAUCAUUUGAAGGAGGAAGAAAGAUUUGGGGAAACAAGAUAGGAGAAGAACAUGACAAAGGCAUAAAAGAGUUUCUUGAGAGAGAGCAUGAAGUUCUUGUCCCAUUCUACAGUUGGUUCUACGCACUCGAGGAAUGUGGUGACUUCUCUGUCGAAGCUGCAUGUCCGAAGAUCGUGGCUUGGGGAAAGAGAUGCGUUGAACGAAACAGUGUUGCUGCUUCAUUGCCUGAAUCUGAGAAAGUUAUCAACAAGUCCUUAUGCUCAGACUGA